AUGUACAAGAUUUUUUUCGUUGCCAUUGCUCUAUUCGUCGUCUGCGCGGCUGACGAUGCUGUCGAGGCUGCCAAUGAAGCCGCUGGUGAGGUUUUUUGGAAGGAUUUUGUACUAGUUUCUAGACUUUUCUAAUUUUUCUGAAAAAUAAAAUGGAUAGAAAUCUGGAUUUUGUCCGGUUUCAGGUUCCAAAAAAAUCAGCGAAAUAAAUCUGUUUAACGACUUUUUAAGGGAUUUCCAACAUGAUAGUUUGAUUUUCUCCUGAAAUAACUUUUUCAUUUUGAAAACGAGCUGAGAUAGUUUUUUUUUACUACGAUUCAACGACGCUGGAAGCACGGCGAAUGGCUUAAUGCGUAAAACUUGGAGCGCACCCGACCUGAAACGACUUGCGCAGUAAGGAAUUAAUUAGUGCCUGAACCGCGAGACUCUCCUCCAUUUCACGUGCGACCAAAGAAUCUCAAUGGACGGAAGCAGGGUAUUUUAAUUUGUCCCAAUGUCCCAAAUUUGUCCCAAGUCGCCUCAAUUUUUCGAAAGUAUUUUUCUCAAAGAAACAGUUAGAAGUUCAGAAAGUAAUAUCAAUUUUCAGCCAAAGCCGUGCAAGACAUGAAGGACGCCGGUCUCUCGGAAGCCGCCAUCGGAGAAAUUGAGAAACUCGGCCAGAAGCACGAGGUUUGGAAGUUCAUCUACAAUUUUUAACUUCACUAUCUGAAUCUGAUCAUUAUGAUAAAAAAUGACAUUGAUCAGAAUAUUUGAAAAAAAUAGCUAACUUGAAAAGUUCCAGGAAGACAUCAAGAACGCGAUCAGCAACCCAGAACAAGCUGAAACCGCUCUGAAGGCUUUGAAGACCGAUAUUGACGCCUACAUUGAGACGGCUUCUGAAGCUGAUCAGGUAUAACGAGAAUGUUGGAAGAUUUCACUCAAGCCCUAGAGCUCGUGUGAUAAAGCGUUUCGCAAAAGCGAUUUCGCUCAUAUAUUUUUUUUUUCAGUAGGUUCACUGAGUGUUGAAACAAACCCAAGCUAUUUUAAAAGUUAAAUGAGGGCUUGAAAAACAUUAUUUAACGCUAUAUUUCCAUCCAGUAAAUGCACAAAAAUUCGGCUCUCACUAUCGCGCCCUCAUUGCAUUUAGCCACGCCCCCGAUUGCAUGUUUUUUAUAGAACCACUUUCGCCGCCUGUUUAGGAAAACUGUGCCAGAAUUCAAAAAUAAAUUACAAGAAUAUCCUCGAAAAUUUAAUUUCUCAGUUCAAAAUUCCUUUUCGUUCUAAUUUUGAUCUGCCCGCCCUUGACAAAUCCCGAUUUCAGGCCGCCUGGAAGACGUACGAAGAGAAGACGAAGGCUCGCAUCGAGGAACUUGCUCAAGAUGGACCCAAGUAA